UACGGUACAAUCUGGAAGAUAUUUUUUUAAAGUGUUAAGUGUGAAGUGAUUUUAAGUGCUGCAGGGACCAAAAACACAAACAGAAUACAGUACAAAACAAUGACACUUUGACAUAAACACUAAACAAUAUUAAUAGGUACUAUUUUUGUGAUAGAAGACACCUAUUUUUACUUAAAUGGCGUUUGUAAGUGAUCUCUGGAAUUCACUCGUUGGUAACAACGAUAAAGAAGAAAGAACCUGGAGUGAACUAUCAAGAUUUUACUUUGACGGUAGUAGAAAAUACUUUUCUGUAUCAGAAGUUGACAAAGAGGCCCAGCCUAUUGUGUUUGGCGAAUGUCAUAAGAUUGCAUUCAAUAGACACGGAUUCGGCUACCAUUUCACACCGCUCAAUUUUAUUAGUGUUUACCACAUUGACACGAGACGAGCCGAAGUCAGGAUGCCGUCCGGCCACAUAGACCAGCCUCAGAUCGAGGACAACAGAGAUGGAACAGUCAGCAUCAAGUAUGAGCCGCGAGAGGAAGGAGUUCACGAACUCUUCGUCAAGUACAAUGGUGAACAUGUUCAAGGUUCACCAUACAAGUUCCACGUGGACUCCAUAUCGUCAGGAUAUGUGACGGCUUAUGGUCCUGGUCUCCUGAACGGUGUGAGUGGAGAGCCUAGCGAGUUCACCAUCAGCACCAAGGGAGCAGGCUCCGGUGGACUGUCCAUGGCUGUGGAGGGACCUAGCAAAGCUGAGAUCACAUGCCAUGACAACAAAGACGGAACAGUCUCCGUGUCGUACUUGCCCACCGCUCCUGGAGAGUACAAGAUCUCCGUCAGGUUCGGAGACAAACACAUCAAGGGAUCUCCUUACACCGCUAAGGUCACUGGUGAGGGUCGCAAGAGGAACCAGAUCUCUGUAGGCAGCUGCAGUGAAGUCACUCUCCCUGGCAAGAUCAACGACAAUGACAUCCGCACCCUCAAUGCUUCCAUCCAGGCACCAUCCGGCUUAGAAGAGCCCUGCUUCCUCAAGCGUCUUCCCUCUGGCAACAUUGGCAUCAGCUUCACUCCUCGCGAAGCUGGUCAGCAUAUCGUCUCCGUGAAAAAGAUGGGUGUCCACAUCCAGAACUCACCGUUCAACAUCACCGUACUGGCUCAGGAAGUUGGUGACGCAAAGAAAGUCAAGGUUUCUGGCAACGCCCUGAAGGAAGGCAAGACUCACGCCGAGAACACCUUCAGUGUGGACACCAGGAACGCUGGUUACGGUGGUCUCUCACUUUCCAUCGAAGGUCCUAGUAAGGCUGAGAUCCAGUGCGCUGACAGCAAGGAUGGCGUGUUGGCUAUCAGCUACAAACCCACUGAACCAGGAUACUACAUCGUCAACCUGAAAUUCGCUGACCAUCACGUUGAGGGUUCUCCCUUCACCGUUAAGGUUACCGGUGAGGGCAGCAACAGGCAAAGAGAGAAGAUUCAGAGGCAGAGGGACCCUGCUCCUCUCACGGAGGUCGGCACCAACUGCAAGCUGACCUUCAAAAUGCCAGGCAUUACCUCCUUCGACCUGGCUGCCACCGUCACUAGUCCUGGUGGUGUCUCCGAAGACGCUGAGAUCCAGGAGGUGGAAGAUGGCCUUUACUCCGUCCACUUCGUUCCUAAGGAGUUGGGAGUCCACACAGUAUCUGUCAAGUACAGGGAAAUUCAUAUUCCUGGGUCACCCUUCCAGUUCACGGUAGGUCCCCUCAGGGAUUCCGGAGCCCAUUUGGUCAAGGCUGGUGGUCCAGGUUUGGAGAGAGGAGAAGCUGGACGCUUCAACGAAUUCAACGUCUGGACUCGUGAAGCUGGCGCUGGUCAGCUUGCCAUCUCCCUGGAAGGUCCCAGCAAGGCUGAGAUCGACUUCAAGGACAGGAAAGAUGGAUCCUGUGAUGUGUCCUACAAAGUUGAUGAGCCUGGUGAAUACCGCAUCGGUCUCAAAUUCAACGAGCAGCACAUCCCUGACUCUCCCUUCAAGGUCUACAUCUCACCAGCUGUUGGAGAUGCCCACCUUCUCGAGGUGGCUCAGUUCCCCGACUCAGCACAAGUCGACAAACCAACACAGUUCUACAUCAGGCUCAAUGGAGCCAAGGGUAGCUUGGAUGGCAGGGUGAUCGCCCCAUCAGGCAAGACCGACGACUGCUUCAUCCAGAACAUAGACGGAGACCAAUACAGCAUCAGGUUCAUGCCAAGGGAAAAUGGUGUCCACAACAUCAAUGUCAAAUUCAAUGGAGUCCAUAUUCCUGCUUCUCCGUUGAGAAUCAAGGUCGGAAAGGACGACGCUGACCCUGCAGCGGUUCAUGCUCAUGGACCUGGUUUGGGAGCAGUCAAGACUGGUGUGAAGACGGAUCUGAUCAUCGACACAUGCAAUGCUGGAGUGGGUCUGCUGGCUGUCACCAUGGAUGGACCUUCAAGAGUCGCUAUGGACUGCACAGAUGUAGAUGAAGGUUACAAGGUUCGUUACACACCUCUUGCACCUGGAUUCUACUACAUGAGUAUAAAGUACAACGGCGCCCACAUCGUCGGAUCACCGUUCAAGAUUGAAGCUACCGGUGCAAACCUCGCUGAAGUAGGAGCACAGGAAACAUCAUCAGUAACUGUUGAAACAGUCCAGAAAGUCGCCAAGUCCAUGCAGAAGCAAGGUCCAGUACUGCCUAACUUCAAAUCAGACGCCUCUAAGGUCACCAGCAAGGGCAUGGGUCUGAAGAAGGCGUACCUUAACAAACACAACCAGUUCACGGUGCACGCUGGUGAUGCUGGCAACAACAUCCUGUACGUGGGUAUCUACGGACCCAAAGGUCCCUGUGAUGAGGUCCAGUUGAAACACAAAGGAAAGAACAACUAUGAAUGCUGGUACGUCGUCAGAGAUAGGGGAGACUACAUCGUCAUCGUCAAGUGGGGAGAUGAACACAUCCCCGGCUCCCCCUACAAGGUGGAAGUCUAAGAAGAGAAUAGUGAACAGGGGGUGAUAGUGCAUACAAACUAAAACUAAAAAAAAAAUUGUUUUGUAUUCAUUGAAAAUCAUAUUUUUCUGGUGUAUUUUUUUACUGAAUUUUUCUAGUCAUUUUGUUUUAGUUAAUCUUAAAUUAUUGUUCUUUAGAACAGAAUAUUUAGGCUGUAUGCGCUAUCAUGGAUUCAUAUUUUAAUUUUAAUUAUCUUAAAACAUUUAUUUAGAUUUGGAAUGGAAAUUCGAGAGUAACAACUACUUUCAGGACUUUAAAUAAAAUAGAAGCAAUGCAAAAAGUAAAUUUAUAUAAUAAUAUUGCACAUUAGUUUCCAAGACAUAUCUAAAUAUGUUUUAAAUAUAUUACCAAAGCUUGAUUUAUACUACAGGAUAAGGAAAAGGUUUGUGCAUCCAUCUUGUUACUUUGAUCUCUUAAAUACCGUGAUUUUUAUUGUUUUUGUCUCACUCAGUUUUAUAUAAACUAAAAUUAUCUAGUCGAAAAAGAAUAAUAGUUAUAUUAUGCAACUGUUUUGUAUAAUUUGGAGUUUUAUUUUAAUUAUAGGUCUUUCACAACAUCCUUGGAUGUAUUGUUUUUUAGGAGAAUUAUAAAAGAUCACAUAUGUUGGGUAAAUCAUCAAUUUCACGGUAGUGUCAACUUUAUUAGUAAAAAAACCUUUUCACUAUCCAUCUCGUGUUUUUCUUGAUCCUUUAUUAUCUAUAAUUUAUUUAAAAACAUCAUCAUUAUUGUCAUCUCAAUUUCCUAUUACAUAUAAGCAUUUUUCAGAAGUUCUAACUAAAUAUACAGAAAAUAAUGGUUUUUGCUUUACGGCAACGAUGCCGAUUUGUCAGAUACAAUGUCGAUAGAUCAUUGUGAUUUUUUUGUUUUUUUUUGUAUCUUGUAUUUUGUUUUGUAGUGUAUUUUUUGUUUUUAUUUAGUAUCGGAGUUGAUUUUUAGUUUUUUUUCUUUGCUUGUUUAGAAAUGGUAGGCGUAUAUGUGUAACUCCAACGUCAAAGUUAUUUAUUUUACUAAAAUCUAAGCCUUGUCGUAUUUUUAGGUCUUAUUUUUGUCAGACUGAAUUUUUUUACUCAAAUGUGCCAUUUUAUUUUACAAUUUUUCUAUCGAUGUUUAACAUAAAAUUAUGAAAAUAAGAGUUUGACAGUCGGCAGGAUACAAUAUUUCUGAUUUUGUCAAAGUUAUUUUUUUUUUUGUUUGCGGUAACUUUGACAGAUUGUUUGUUUUAUCGCGUUGUCGUAAGUUCAGUAUUCUGGCUAAUUUUAUAUGAUUCUCGUUUAGUAUUUAGGGCGACUAAAUGACAAUACAUAUAAAGUAUUAACUCAAAAAUAUUCCCUUUAUUUUUUAAGUGCAGCGAGACACAAUUUGCUGGCCAAGAAUUUCUGCGAAUUUUUUUUUGUUUUUUUAUUUUUUUAUUUAAGUAAUAAAUUCCUCUACUUCUUUUUUUAGAAAAAGUUUUUGAUAUAGUCAGAGGAGUUUUUGACAAAUUCGCUUACUAUUGUUGGUUGUCAACUUUUCGUAGAUAUUUUUUUCUUUAUUUUUUGUGAAUUUCUACUGAAAGUUUAUUAUGUAAAUUGUGCCUUUGCCUUCUGAUUUAAGUAUUAUGUAUUUGCUUUCUAAUUUUUGUAUGGUUUGUGUAUGGAAUUUGCCUACGUAGGUAGAAUGAUCCCGUAUUUGUAAAUACCUAUUUUAAGUGUUUAAUUAUUAUAAUGUAUUUUGCGACUGUUAACUAAAUAAAAGGAGGAAAGUUC